CAAGCGGGAACGAAAGCUAAAGCAAAAGGGACACUCCCUACUUUUGACAGAGGCGGAACAAAUUGCGUAUCAAUAGUUAUCUUGUCAUUUAUGGUUGCAUUUCGGAUGGACUGGUAAUUUCCAGCAGUGAUCUGUUCUCAUAGUCGAACAUUUUUCAUAUUACGAAAGAUCUCGUCUGGAAUCAACGAGAAACCAUGGCUCAGAGACCGAUGCUGAUUUUGACUGUCAUCCUGUGCACGGCUUACAUUGUAUCUGCACAAUGUCCGGGCAUAUGUGAUUGCAGUAGCUACGAUAGUCGUAAGGAGAUUCGCUGCGGCACCAGGGGCCUCACAUCAAUUCCAAGCAGUCUUCCUCCAGACACGCAGAUUCUCCGACUUGAGUUUAACCGCAUUGAAAAUAUUAGUGCAACUGAUUUCUCACGGAUGGUAAAUCUGAAGCAACUCACGCUUUAUAAUAACAUGAUAUCGUUCAUCGAUACUAAUGCUUUUCAAUAUCAACAAGAUCUUGAGGUACUUAAUCUGAAAUAUAACAGGAUCCGAUUCAUUCAUAGCCAAACAUUCCGAAACACGCAAAAGCUACUCGAGCUGAGCUUGGACAAUAACUUGUUACAGUCCUUCGGAAACGACACCUUCAGCGGUUUGGUGAAAUUAAACGAGUUAGAAAUAGUUGGAAAUCCGUUGCAGUCCUUGCCUGAGGGAAUCUUUAAUGGCCUCACAAACCUGCUUCUCCUUGAUAUUUCUAAUGUUGUUUUCGAAGCGAUUCCAUCCAAUCUCUUUGAUGGACUGACUAGCUUAGAAACCCUCAAGAUGAACAACGUUACUCAGAAUGGGGGCCACCUCUUCGGUAGUGAAAUCAUUUUCGCUUCUGUUCCUUCUCUAAUCACGUUAGAGGUUCGUCAGAAUUCUUUGCAUUGUCUUCCUGGGUCUCUUGCAGUACUCAGAGCUUUAAAAGUCCUUAUACUAUCCAUGAAUCCACUAACCUGUAGUAAUUUUACCGUACUUAAACACCUUCAGCAUCUCGAACAACUGCACAUGGAGGACUCUGGAAUAACUAGGUUAUCCUCAAACAUGUUUGUAGGGAACACCAAUCUCGUCUUCUUGUUGAUAGAGUACUCGAAUUUGUCUACAGUGGAGGAAGGUGCGUUCACAGGACUCAGUCGACUCGAAGAUCUGUACCUCUCUUCCAACAACAUUACUACUUUGCCAGACCACGUAUUUGAUUCUCUUCCUAGUGGUGUCAACCUUGAUAUCGCCGACAAUCCUUGGUAUUGCGACUGUUAUCUACGUUGGUUGCAUACUUGGUUGACUACGUCGUAUACAGGCAACACACCUGAUGAACGUCAACCAGAGUGCGUAUCACCGAAUCGCCUGAUUGGUCAGCGAAUCAUUGACAUUGUUGAAAGUGAGUACGCCUGUAUGCCUCAGACUGAACUCAAUGAGACAAUGACGCACUCGGUCAAUGAAGGUGAAAACUUCGUAAUAGAAUGCAGCAUUACAGCGGAUCCAUCACCUGCUCUCCAUUGGCUAACACCUGAUCAUACCGAGCUGUUACCUAAUACCAAUAAGAUCCCUUUCAUCGUUGACUCAGAAAGCACUCUGACUAUCAUACGAAUCAGAAAGGUAGAUGCUGGAACCUACAGUUGUACUGGUACAAAUGCGGCAGGAACUUUAAACAUUCGAAACGUUGUUAAUGUUGUUGGGACAGGAAAUACGCCUAUAUUAAAGACUGAUCCACAUCUUCAAUCUAGCACAACUAUAACUUCUCAGCAGAGUGAACCACUAAAGGGUGGCGAGAAUUCAACGUUAGUGAUCAGCAUCGCUGUUGUUGCUUUCCUCAUUAUACUAGUUGUAGUGGUCGUGAUUGUCGCAGUCAUUCGCAGAAGGAACAAGCGUAGAGAUCGUUUUCGACACGGGCCAGAAGCUGCUUUCCGUAAUGGCAGAGCAACUUUACCGAGUUUGCCGUCAUGCACCACUCAGGAUAAUAUGGCAAUGCCUUAUGCAGCCAGCGAUGAUCGAUAUACAUUACAGCGUCCACCAACAACAUCUGUGUUUGAUCCUCCACCUCCAUAUUCCACUAUACCAUCAUCACCGAACGAUGACAUAUACCAGGAGAUAAAAACUGAUGAUGACUUGUAUGAGAAGCCUCGAGAGCCUGGUGACAUGUCUCCAACGUCAGUCAGACCCGACCAUACCUACAUGAUACAGGUACUCCGCCAAGACUCGUUUGUUUCGAAUGGAAGCGGGGGCGUCCCAGCAGGUUACGAACGAUCGAUGAUACGCGAUGUCGGCAAACCAAAAAGUGACACCUCGUCUACUCGCGGUUCAGCUGGUUGUUCAGACCAGCCGGCUAACGGUGCGCAGAGAAAUAUCUAUGUUGCUACGAAUGAUGUGAAGGAUAACAACCGACAGAGUAAUACAGAGCACAAUGACCUGCGGGUUAGAGUUCCAGAUCUCGAUCCAGAAGCGAAGGCGACGUACGAAAAUACAAGACGAACCUAGGCCAUUCAGCAUGUUUCAGGUUGAUUGAGAAUAUCCUAACUCUAUAAUCAUAAACAUAUAUGUAUGUAUCUUGUCCAAAUGCGUAAACACGGGUUAAUGGGGGUACUAUCACGUACCUUUUUAAUUUAAGUACUAUCAGAAUGUAAAAAUAAACACUAGUACUCUUAUUCUGAGGUGAGUACAAAUCUUGUUUAAGAUGUUGGGUAAACACGUUUAAAUUGUAUAUCUAAAUGGUAUGAUGAUUAGAAUGCACUGCAGGUCUUUUGAAUAUAUCUGCAUGUCUUGGCGAAUGUCUUUCAUUUUUAUUUAAAUUUCUUUUCUUUAUCAUGUCUUCCUUCUGUUGAUGACUUAGACCCACAAUUAAACACCAUGUUGUCACCUCGCAUAGUUUGUUUAUAUGUAUAUACUUGUAAACAACAAAAUUAACUACCAUUACUUUAACAUAUUAUGUUAUUAUGUGGUUAUUAACCACAUGACAAUUUAAUCAAAGCAAACAUGAGACACGGUGUUUCUUGUUUUUUUAAACGACAAUUUCUGAAAUAGCAAAUGUACAGGUUGAGGGUCAAAAUGUGUUUGGGGACAUCCUUUUAACCCAUGAUUUGAAUAAUCAAUAGAUAAAAUUAUAAGAGACAAUAAUGUCAUUGUAAUUUAUUCAUGAAUAUCAAAUGAUUUGGGUAGUGACUUAUUUUUUAUACCAAGUAUGAAUAUCGUGUACACUAUACUAUAUUGAUUAUACACCAUUACAAUUUACCUGUUUACAUCCGAUAUAUUCUGAUAAAUCAUGAAUCUAAGUUUCCUUCAAUGAUUUGUUUUUCACUUUCCUAUAAAGAGACAAAGCACAUUAAACAAAACUUCGGUACUACUGACCUUUUUCUUAACAAAUGUAAUAUUAACAUUGAACCCUUUUCACGUACCGACACAUUUGUUUAUUAUUCUUGCACCUCGUGGACCAGAUUUGGAGGUAUUCCGGCACCUAGCUGUUUAAAACCAUCCUGGUUUUUAAAGGCUGCGAGCAAGCGAAGGAAAAAGACACUAAAAUGUCUUUAAAAUGUUAUUUCCUCAUGAAAAUACAAAGCGAUCUUUAAUACUUAAUUUUUACGAAAAUGACAGUUAUUUCAAAAUUUACUGAAAAUGUUUUUUUUUAAAUUAAUUUCUUUUGCGGCACUCCCAUAGAGAUGUGCCGCGGCAUCCUGGUUAAAACAGAUUUGUGUUACUUCAAAUAAUACAAAUUAAGGAAUUAUAAUGUCGUUUGAUUUUAUUUUCCGACAUUGCAUUCAAGUAAACUUUCAAAUCCGCCAUUACUAACAUUUCCAUGCGUAUAUUUAACAUCAAUGUAACAAAUCGGAACUGUCUUAUUAUUUUCACAUUUUAUUAAACUUGCACCUAUCUUUUCAUCUGAUUCUUCUACUUGCCUGUAGAGUAAAGCGGAGGAUUAGCAUUCAUUGUUGAGGUUUGACAUCAGUGGUGGAGGAGAGAAAUGUACUUGUUUCUGGUUAAGAAAGAAAUUCGGAUAUUAAAAUGUACAAAAUAAGAUGUCAUUUUGAAUAAGCACACAGGUAUGUGUAACAUAUUAGGCAGAUCAGGAUAACGUUUGUGAAGAAGUGUCGUCAGAUAACAAAUACUUUAGAGCUGUUUAUGGAGAGAAUCACAUUAAUAUGCAGGAUUUCUAGAUGUAAUAUUCACUCCUUUUUUAUCCGAGAUAUCCAUCGGAACUGUACGAAUGUAAAUGGAUAUAUAUAUAUAUAUAUGGAGUCUAUUAUAUGCACGUCCAGUAUCAACACAUAAUGAUCUAAGUUUAUUUGUUGUGAAUAUGCAAAGCUAUACAGUAUAAAUGUUAUUAAUAAAGGCUUGAUUUUAAUUACGGUA